UUGAACAGAGGGGGGCGGUAAUGGCGCUGAAGCUUGGUGGCAAACGUGGUGUGACUAAAGAAAAGAAGGCUAGACGAGCGCCGUUGCGUCAUUUUGCCUCUAUCCAUUCAUUAGUGAGAAGGCCUUUCUUACUUAUACAGGCUACACAAACGUCAUCAUGGUGAAAAUUUUUAUUGGCAACCUUUCCUCGGACAGCACUGCCCAGGAGCUGAGACAGCUCUUUGAAAAGUAUGGCAAAGUGUCUGAAUGUGACAUUGUGAAAAACUUUGGUUUCGUACACAUGAACAACCAGUCGGAGGCAGAGGAGGCCAUCAAAAACCUCCACCAGACCGAGCUGCACGGCUGGCGCAUAAAUGUGGAGAUGAGCAAAGGCAGGCCCAAAUCCACCGCCAAACUUCACGUCAGCAACCUGGGCGAAGGAGUGACCAGUGAACAGCUUCGGGCCAAGUUCGAGGAGUUUGGCCCGGUGGUUGAGUGUGACAUUGUAAGAAACUAUGCCUUUGUUCACAUGGAGACAAUGGAUGACGCCAUGGAGGCCAUUAAUAAGCUGGACAACACAGCCUUCAAAGGCAAGCUGAUCAACGUACGACUGUCCACCAGUCGGCUUCGCACUGCUCCGGGAAUGGGAGAUCAUAGCGGCUGCUUUGUCUGUGGGAAACGCGGUCAUUGGUCAAAAGACUGUCCAUCCGGUCGGGACGAUAGCUACGGUGACGCCACAAGAAAUCGCAGCGUCCCCGGGCCCUCGUAUGGCAUGGCCGCACCGCCAACGGCUGAUUACUCGGUGUACAGUCAAGCUAGUUAUGCCGGCGGGUUUGCGCCGCCUCCUCCUCCUGCUCAUAGGGUUAGCGGCUACGCCUCUGAUCUGGGGGCGUAUGCCGGUCAAGCUGCAGGCUCGCAGGCAGUCCGGUCAUUUGCUUAUGAUCGUGACCCUCUCUACGGCAGUGCUGAAUAUUAUGAAAAGUACAGAGCUCUGUCUUAUGGCUCAAGCUAUUUUGAAGAGCGUCGUUUGCCCUAUGCCCAGCCUCCUCCACCUCCCCCUUCCUCUCUUCCCAAGCUUUCAUCCAAUGUAGAUCCAUAUGACCACCAGCCACUGCCUCCAGCUACAUCAGUACCUGCGUACUACGCAGGAGAACCCAGCCCAAUCAGACGAGUAGCAGCCGUCUCAGCUGCCAGCACCUACGAGCGAAAACAGCUGUCACCAGAAUCUGCUUCCACAAGCUCCUACGGUGCUCUACGGCCCAAAGAACAGACGGCACAGCGUUAUGCGCCUUACUAAAGCAGUGGUACCAUGGUCUGGACUUGUGGGCGUUUUUUCAUCGUUUCUUCACCCUCCACAAUCCCAUCACUGUAUGUAAGGUCCAGAUACGAAUAUAGAAGGUAUCUGGUUUAGAAAUGGGAUGCCAGCUACCUACAGAAAAGUCAUCCAUUGUAACAUUGACUAAGUUUGCUUUCUCAAAGGAUGAAUGAUGACAUGCAGUUUGAUAGGUUUUCAACUAUUUUUUUAGCUCUUUUUUUUUUCUUUCUUCAAUACAUAGGGUAGAUUGUUUGUUUAAAUUUUAAAAUGUUGUUCUGCUUUGAAUUUGUCAUAAAAAUGUUCUGAAUGAAUGUUUUCUCUUUUUGUUUUUUGUAAUGCAAAUGUACCAUAUUGUGUUUGUUGCUUGUAAUGCAAGACUCUUAUUCUUUUACUUUUCUGAGUUAAAAAAAAAACGUCAUUUUUGAUAUAAAAUGAACUAUUUUUUGAUAAUAUUCAUUGACCUAUGAAUAGUUUGGUUUUCUCAUACCUAAAACAAGGAAUGUGUCCCUCUGUGCACAAAUUGGUGACCCUAAGGAGUAACCCACUGGUGAGAAUUGGAGAGAAACACAGCAACUGGUCACUGCUGACGCUGAACAAGAGAACGGAAAAAUAUCAAAUUGUAUCUAAAACAACACAAAAUGUAGCACUAAAUGAUUUGAUUGUGCUGACAGAUUAUAAUACUAACAUUAUAUUAACGUUUGAAGUGUGUUUAAUUAGAAGUCAUAGUUUAAUUGAAGGUAGGGUGCAGUAGCCAUUCAUCUCCUACCUGUGUAUUUUUUUCUCUCUGAGCGGUAUGCUUACAGGAGGUAAUCGGUUAUGUGUUAAUUUACUGCUUGGAAUUAUCUAACAGAGUAAGGAAAUACAUUUCAGGGCUUAUGUUCUAAAACUGACAAGAUACUGAAUAGAAGAUUUAAUUGUGUUAAAGGUGCUUUUGUUUUGCAUAGAGAGAGGUUUGAAGUUUAAUUUCAUACUAGCUUUAAAUUUAAAAGCAGGCCAUUUUUGUUUGUCUAAAAUAAAGUCUGUUAUUUUUGUGAUUCGCUCCAUUAUCCAGUAUAAAACUGCUUUUCAGCUGUUGAGUUUAUCUAACCAGCCAUUUGUAUAUAUCAAGUCGUAUUGGAUGAGUUUUAUCUAGACUGACUUCUCUGUUUCAUUGAUAAAAAAUUUUUCAUGUGGACUUUGUUUUAGGAUAAGUUGACCCCAUGACCUCCUUUUGGCGUUUUUGUUUAAAUUUGUUGUAGUUUUGGUGAGCGGUUAUGCUGAGCAGCAGUCUUUUGUAUUCAUUUUUGCAGGAAGUCUUUUUCAAAACAAACAUUUUACUCUUGCAUGUAUUUUGUUUAAUACUGCAUUUUGUGCUCUAAACACUCUUUAAAUUUACUCAAACCUACAAUCACGUUAUUUUCCAUUAACUAAUAUAUCAAAUAUUAACUAAUAUAUCAAAUAUUAAACAGCCAUUUAGUUUAUUGCAAAGUUUAAAGAAAAGGGUUGUGCUUUCAUUAUGAUUAGAUUCUUGGAUAUGUCAGAUAUUAGCAACACAUUUUUAAUUCUUAGUAUCAAAACUGCACAGAGCUAUUCAGCAAUAUAGGACCAUGCAUAAACUUCUUGUUUUGCCAGUCAUGGAGCCACGAAGGGAAUGCUAAUGAGUCCCAACACAUUUUUAACCCUCCUAUAGCCUAGAUAGGCCACCAGGAUUAUUAUUUGGCUGCAGGGUUCUUCCAGUUGAGCAAAGUUGGACACUUUCUACUCCAGCUUUCAACAUUUGGCAGAUCUUCAGUUUAACUGUUGAUGUUUUUUUGUUAAUUAAAGGGGCCUAGUCACAUUCCAUGAUUUUACAAAUUUGUACACCGGUAGCUCACUGAUUACAAAGGUUUCCCCAUUAAAUUAUCGCAAACUA